AUGGGGCUGAAUGAGAGUUACAGCCAUGUAAGAAGUGCAGCGUUGCUGAAAAGGCCAGUCCUUACUGUGAACCAAGCUUAUGCAGUUGUAGUACAGGAGGAGAGUCAGAGGGAAUUAGGAUUGGGGAAGAAGCCAGGACUUAUUUGUGAACACUGUGGGUACAAAGGGCAUUUAAAGGAUAACUGCUACAAGAUCAUUGGGUACCCAACAGACUUCAAAAGCAAGAAAAAAGGUCAAUUUCCUGCCAAAUCUUAUGCUAACAAUGUCAAUGGGGAAAAUGAUGUUACAAUGAACAAGCAGCCACAGGGGAACUGUAUGACUGAGGAUCAAUACAAGCACCUAGUGAGUCUGUUGACAAAGUCAUCAGUGGAAGGGAGUUCCAACAACACAGCAGGCUCAGCAAACAUGACAAGUAUAAAGUCACUAUUAUCUAAUGCACAAUCAUAUGAUUGGAUAGUGGAUUCAGGAGCAUCACACCAUAUCACCUUUUGCAAGGAAGUUUUAGAAAAAUUAAGGAGAGUUAAUAGAGGAAAUAGUAGUGGAGUCCAAAUACCUACAGGAGGAAGAUCAGAAAUAGUACACACAGGAGAUGCAACAAUACUAGAAGGGCAGAAGAUUAGGAAUGUUUUAUAUGUGCCUGACUUUAAGUUCAAUAUCAUUUCAGUAUCCAAGCUGACUAGAGAUUUAUGUUGUUCAGCAUGCUUCUACCCUAGUUUUUGUGUGUUUCAAGGGCUUUACUAUGGCAGGAUACUGGGGAUUGGUAGAGAAGAUGAAGGAUUGUACAUAAUUAGAGGUGAAGAGGAGGAAAUAGUAGCUGGCUCAGUCAAAAAGGAAGAAAUAAUGCAGUAUUGUGGCAUCAAUGGAUGGGACAUGCAUCCACAGAGUAGACUGAAGUUUCCUAUUAGUAGUCAUCAAUCUGACUGUAUUUUCCAACUUGUGCAAAUAGAUGUCUGGGGACCAUACAAAGUAGCUACUUAUGAAAAGAGGCAUUACUUUGCAACCAUAGUAGAUGACUAUAGAAGAACUGCAGUGUAUUUGAUCAAUAAGUUGCCUACAACUGUGCUGAACGGAAAGUCUCCAUAUGAAAAGCUCUAUGGGAGACAACCUAAAGUGGACCAUCUGAGGGUGUUUGGGUGUCUUUGUUAUGCCAGUACAUUGCCAAGUGGAGACAAAUUUGCAGCCAGGGCAAAGAAAUCAUUAUUCAUUGGAUAUUCAAAGGUGUAUAAGGGAUAUAGACUGUAUGAUCUGGAAUCCAAUAGAUUUUUUGCUUUGCCUAGUGAACCUGAGAAUCUGUUCCUUCCUGAUGUUGAUUGCCCAACAAUUGCUAGGGAUCAACCUAUUUCAGCAGCAGAUAAUGAUCUGGGGAUAGCCUCUCAAUAG